AUGCUGAAAUAUCAAAAGCCAUAAACAUGCUCCAAGCAACUUAUCUCAUAAUUAAUUGAAAGGGCUGAUUUUUUUGGAAUGCUCCCUUAAUUCAGGAUUUUAAAGAGAUAAAAGUUCUCGACUCCAUUAGGUUAAAUUCUUACUAUAAUCUUGUGCUGUGCUUAUUUAUAUUACAUUGUUUAUGAAAUAUUGAAUUUGGCAAAUAGAUACAGUCCCAGGGUAGUUUUUUCUGAAUUCCAACCCUCCAAUACUUCAGUAAGAAUUCUGAUGUUAUAAAAGCCUUUGUAUUUAAGUAAGAAUAACUUUACAUUUGCCUUAACAAUCACCAAUCCAGAAUUAAGUUCUUUGCAAACUUUAAACAAAUAUUUUAACUUAGCUGUUUAAAAUUGUGUAAGGAAUCGCUCUUUGAAUGAGGAAGGAACAGCCUAAAUAAAUUACAAUUGUUCUACUAUUCCUCUGGAGCCUUGCAAAAUGGAUUAGCAUUUCAGAGAGUAAUACCAACAAGAAUAUUUUCAAAAAUUUAAACUUGAAUACAUGUAUUGUCCUGAGAUAAAAUAGUGGGAUUAAAUGGCAAUGUAACUGUAGGGAUUUAGUCAAGAGGAUCGAUUUUAAUUUUUGACAGUAACCUUAAGUAUAUGCAAAAAUUCUACUACUUAUUAAGGCUGUGCACCUUUAGAGGAAAUCAAUAGUAAGAUGCAGGCAGGGUUUUAUGUAUUGUACUUAAGUGACGCUUUGAUCCAAAUGCAGUCUUCGUCUAAACCUUAUCAGGAUGCAAUCUCUGUGUAGUAUACUCAAUUCUCAUUAACAAAUUCUAAAUCCAUACAUUCAACUAUCAAAGUAACCGAAACCAACACUGAUUAUGGCAUAAUUAAGACAAACUAUGUAUUGGACACUGCCUUAUAGUAAUCUAAUAUAAAGGAAGAUAGUUCGCAGUAUAAUCAUCAGUAUUUGGUUCAAAACUCUAUCUUCUUGGAAUAAAGAAGAAACCUAUAUGAGAGAAGUUAUCAAAAACUGUAUACUGUAUUGGGACAAGUUGGAGGCUUAUGGUAGAUUACUAUUCUCUUCCUAAAUUGUAUAUUUUAUCCUUUAUUGUUCUCCUCCAUGAAUUUGGCUAUGGCCAAUAAGAUCUUUAGGUUCGAAAGCAAGGAAUCCCUUGACUUUGAUAUUAUGUCAGUCGCCAAAUCAGUUCCAGUCGGAGGGUAACUGAAUAAAAGCGAUGGGAAGGAUUUUCAAGAUGAAGUUUUGAGGUCAGAUAAUACCUUGAUUAGGAAUCCUUUUGUCGAAUUCUCUAAAACUUAAAGAGAAAUCAAGAAUUUCUUAAGGAAAAAAAAGUGUUCUUUAAAUUUUACUUUACUUGAUAAUAUCAAAUUCUAAUUUGGUUGUAAGAAGGAUAAAUAAAGGCAAUUAAAAUAUGCUAUGAAUAAAAUAAUAAAUAAGUUAGAUAUUUGUUAAUUAAUUACGAAAUUCAAUGAAUUAGAUAAGUUGAAACAUAUCUUACUCAACAAAGAUCAAUUAGCUUUAUUUAAUUAUUUACCCAAACCUAUGAUACCCUAUGAUAUGUUCGAUGAAAAUUUUGAAAAUAAAAUUAAGGAACUAGAGCAAAAGCAAGAAUAUAAAUUUAUCUUGGAAAAUGAAAAACCAGAUGUGCUCAGAUUAGAUGAUGCUUAUGAAGCCUACUCCAGAGUAAUUACUAAAUAGGAUCUCAAUCCUACAGAUGAGGCCAUUCUAAAAUUUAUGGAUGAUGAUAUUAAGAGGUUGUUCUCUAGAAUUCACUCCAAUCAAUUUGAAAUGGUCUGUUAGAAUUUCCAAUCAUCACAACUAUUUAUGAGAAACAAUACAGACAAAGUUGAAGUUCAAGAUGAACCUCAUAUUCAAUUGGUAUUUGGUAGUAUUACAAGCAAAUAGUAUUGA